GACACUUGGCAAAAAUAUUAACGGCAGUGUCAUGGCGACGUUUGGUGUUAGUUUUGAGAGUUCGGGAAGCAUCGAAGAAAGAAAGGAAAAGAAACGACAAACACGACAAGAGGCUAUUGACAAAGCUAAGCAGCAGUAUGAGAGGGAAGAGACGAGGAAGGAACUGAAGAGACAGAGAGGGGAGGACACAUGGCUUCUACCUGAGGUCAACCAGAGGCUUCAGCAGAUAGAGGAAGAGGGAUCUAUAAAGAGUAAAAAGAAGAAAGAGAAGAAAUCCAAAAAGAAAAAGGAGAAGAAGAAGAAGUCUAGGAAAGAGAAGAAGACGACAGAGACAGAAGAUGGCUCAAGCGGCAGUUCAGAGGACUCGGGGGAGGAGUGGGUUGAGGCUCAGUCUCAGGUGCAGGCUGUUAAAGCGUGGCAAGUUACAGAUGAGUCCAAGACUUCAGAGAGCAGCCCUGCCCAGAAUGCCCAGAGAGAUGAAUGGAUGACUUUUGACUUCCUGGCAAUGAAAACAACGUCCACAGCAGAAAGGCGGGCUGAAAAAGAAAGGCAGAAAGAGGAGGAGCGAGCCAAGACUCAGGCCAUUGAACAGGCUGGUUUGCACAAACUGGAGCUAAACCCGUACUGGAAAGAUGGGGGAACUGGUCUGCCUCCAGAGGAGGUUGCUGAUACUGCAGGAAAAAAAGCAGGCCCCGUUGUGAAUGAUGGUGGUUUGAGCUGGCUGAGGAAGAACUAUCAGAGGAUGAAGGAGCAGGCAGAGAGGGAACAGCGCAGCCUCAGCGAUGUGGUGGCUGAGAGAUAUGGGUCAAUGGAGGAAUUUCAGAAGAGACUUGCUGAUGCAGAGAAUGCUGUUUAUGGUCAGAACAAAGAUGACAGAGUCAGCUCAGCAAGAGACAGGUGGAGGAAGGGAGAGGACAAGGCCAGGGAAAGAUGGAGGAGAAAAGAAGAAGAUGGUCCAGACCAGGAUUGGUGGAGAAAAAGUGAAAGAAAUUCACCUUUGCGUGACAAAGAGAGAUACCAUGGUGAAGGGAGAGAAGAGAGGGACAGGCAUCGAGGAAGAGGGGAGGAAGGAGGCAGAGAUGGAGAUAGGUAUAGAGAAAGAGACAGAAGCUGGGAUAGAGACAAAAGGGGCAAAGAGAGAGAAAGGGAUGGAGGAAGAGACAGAAGCAGAGAAAAUGACAGAGACAGACAUAAGGACAGAGAGAGGGAUAGGUAUAGGGCAGAAGAUAAAGAAAAAGAUGGAUCCACUGUAGCAUCAUCAUCUGGCCAAAGUUGGAAUCAGUGUUCCCUCUCUCUUGGAUCACUCAAAGGCCGUUUCCUUAAACCCUCAGAGGAUGAGGACAGCGGUAUAGCACCUCAGCGUCGUCCUGCAGCACGUCCAUCCACAGGGUUCGUGAGACCCAGCUCUGAUGAUGAGGACCCUCGUCCAAACAACAUCACUGUUUCUGUCUGGAAGAAAAGCAGCACAUCUUCUCCUAAACCUGACAGCUUUGAAAAAUUCCAAGAGGAAAAGGAGAUGGAGGCAAAGAAAACUGUAGUCGCUCCUCAAGAUUCUGUGCCAACAAGGACCGAGAGUGAAAGCGAGGAGGAAGAGGAGAUUCCUUUGCUGUCAGAGGAGGAGAUGAACAAAUUGGGGUCAAAGUUGAUAAAGGCAGAGAUGAUGGGCAAUCAGGCCAUGGUCGAGAAGCUAAAAUCACAACUGGAAGCAGCUCAUAAAGCCAAGGAGAACCAUGCCAUCAGAAAGAAGCAACAUGAAAUGGCAAAAUCCAACCAGGUCACAGCUCAGUCCAGCAAAGACCAGGAACUUCUGCUGUUCAGAACAGAUCAGUCAGGCCGGGCUUGGCCAGUCAAGGGCCCCUCUGGACCUCAGGAGCCUCAUGGAGGACGACGGAAGAAGAAACCGAUUGAGACCCAUGUUGAUGGGCAGCGUGUCCGCUACUUCCAGAAUGAUGACAACGUUGGUCUGCAGGAGAUGGUGAGGAGGGAGAAGAUGAGCUCAGCGCAGGAUCAGAAUGCCCUUUACUCUCGUAUGGCUGCCAAAAUGAUGGGGAAGACAGACGGCGACAACUACACACUGGACGACAUGUUUGUGUCGAGUGCUGCUCAGCGGGAGGGCGAGGGGAGGGAGGAGGAGAGGAUGAGGAACAGAGCCAUCGGGGAGAGUAGGAAGCUGGCCGCCUCCAUGAAUAAAUGCCAGUACUGUUUCAGCAGCCAAGAACUCCAGAAGCAUCUUAUAGUGGCCAUAGGCAGCAAGGUAUAUCUGAGCCUGCCUGCCGGAGUGUCAAUGACGGAUGGCCACUGUCUCAUCACUCCUCUUCAGCAUCACUGCUCUGCCACUGGGCUGGAUGAGGAUGUCUGGUCAGAAAUGCAGUUGUUCAGACGUACUUUGGUGCGAAUGUUUGAGUCUCAGGAGCUGGACUGUGUGUUCAUGGAAACGUGCAUGAAUCCACGCAGAAGACAACACAUGGUCCUGGAGUGUAUCCCGCUACCCAAAGAGCUGGGUGAUAUGGCACCUAUAUACUUCAAGAAAGCUAUCAUGGAGUGUGAUGAAGAGUGGGCCAUGAACAAGAAGAUUGUUGACCUCUCUUCCAAAGACGUCCGUCGGGCUGUUCCUCAAGGUCUGCCUUACUUUGCUGUAGACUUUGGACUGCAGGGAGGGUUUGCUCAUGUCAUUGAAAACGAACAGAAAUUUCCUUAUUACUUUGGCAAGGAAGUGGUCGGAGGCAUGAUGGACUUGGAGCCACGACGUUGGAGAAAGUCAAUUAGAGAAAAUUUUGAUGACCAGAGGAAAAAAGUCCUGCAGUUUGCACAGUGGUGGAAACCAUACGACUGUACCAAGACUGAGAGCUAAUUUAACAAUAAGUCUCAGAGUCAUGCAUGUUUUACUGAACUGAGGGGUUUAAACACACCAACCUGUACCUUGUAGACAAUGUUUUACCAUAAUGUUAGGAAUUUGAUGUAAAAUUUUAUGUAAUAUUAUAAUCUGAGAACUUUUUUCUGUAAUGAAAAUGAAUGAAAUAAUUUUGACGUCUGUUGCUUUUUAAUAUUUCAUGUCACAUGAAUAAAACUAGAUAUUGGAUAAGCAGAGGUGAGAUAUGAACUGAAGCUGUAGCCUGCAUGUUAUACCCCCAACCUUUCAAGCAUCUUUGUUAAUACUGCCCUUUCCUGCUCACAGCCCUUGGAUUUAAUUUAUUGCUCCAUGGCCUCAUGAUCCAUUGCAGCUCUCACUUAAUUCUUUGAGGUUUUAGUGUCAUCGCAGACACAUGGGUAUAGACACACACGUGUCACAGCAUUGCAGCCCUCGUACCUUGUCUGAUGAGCAGUUUGCCCCAAUGUGUGACCUCAUCUUUUUUUUUAAAUUAUGUUUAAAUAAGGCUAUUGGCUCUAUGGUAAGUUCAUGUCUUCAGACUGACCCUAUGUUCACGUUAAAUCUCUGAUGCUGUUUGAUGCACAGAUGCAGCUGGCUAGUGCUGAGCCAGUAUUAAUCAGAAAAGAUGAAGACUAAAAUGUAUUUUCUAUUGCAGUAUUUGUACACAACUAAGAAUAAUGAACCCACAUCUAUAAUUAUUAUGCAAUGUAAUUUCAGGCUUUACAUUGGUUUGUAGGAGCUCCUCGUGAGGUUUUAAGGGUAAAUAAAAGGUAAAGGGGGUAAUCAAAUACACUGGAUUAACUGAUUAUCAAUAAAUGUGAACAUUAUAUAGAUUUUAGCAGUGUGCUGGCAGCCUUAAAGUGUGUGUUAAUACACUAAAAGGGGAAAAGACAUCAGCAAUGAUCAUAUGGAAGCAAACUGCUGCUGUCUGGGAAGACCAUUUUCAAACAAUUCCUUUAUACAGCUUGUAUGAUUAUUCACAAGUGGAGGACAGACAGGAUAGAUGCUAAUCUUCCUAGGAGUAGAUGAUCCCACAAAUUCCAACCAGGAUCAGACCAUGCAAUGCUCAGAGAAACUGCAAAUAAGCCAAUGUUAAAACUGAUGACAACACAAAGAUGAUGGAAAAAGUAUGAUUUAUUUGGGAAGGUUGUCAUGAAACCACAUGCCAACACAGCUAAAGACUACAAAAUAACUUCUGAACAAAGUGAGACCAAACUGGAAAUGUUUGGUAAAAACUAAACCGCGCAAACAUACUGACUAUCAAGCAUGGUGGUGGAGUGGUGAUGAUGUGGGCUUGUUGAACACAAAGUCUUAAUAGCAAAGUAUUCUAUAUAAGAUGUGAGGCUAUCUGUCUCGCAACUAAAGCUUGGCUGAAAUCUGAGCAUGCAACAGGAUGAUCGCAAACUCAGCAGCGAAUCUACAAGAGAAUGAAAAAGAAAAGAUUCAAAGUGCUGCAAUGACCACAAUGACAUGAAUCUUUGUUGUAGAAAAGAGUGGGUCAAAAUCCCCCCAAUUGUCAAGUUUUUACUGCUAAAAGUGGUUGUACAGAUUAUUGAAUUUUUGUGUGAGUUUUCACACUCUUCCUCUGUUUUGGUUUAGCCCAUGUUGAGCACUGUGAAACAUUGUUUUGUUUAUCUGUGGCUGACAAGCUCCCUCACUUUGGCAAGAUUUUGGUAUAAGAUGGAACAAAAAAAAAAAUUCUUCAGUGAGUCUUAUGUCUAAAGGGCAUGGCAUAAUGUGGCUGUCUGCAGGAAAAGUUGAUGAAUUCUAUUAUAAUUUUUGUUUAAAAUUUACAAUCUGUUACCUUUUAACCCUGCUUAUACUUCAGAAACCACCCUUUGGAGCAACACUAUAGAUUAUUUAUAUUGCUCCAGUGAUGGAGAGGUACAGGUUCGUGGGUAAUAGUAGCAAAGUGACAUGGAGUGAAGUAUGGCUAUGACCAGUUAGAUUAGCUGAGGGCAGAUUUAUGACCGAGUCACCCAUUUGUCUUUUCAUGUCUGCCUUACACACACGUAUGACCAUUCUUGUGUUAUUUUAUAGACACUGCCAUUAAGCUGUUUGUAUCCACCACAUCUUUGUAUCUGGUUGUCACUUUCUCUCUCGCCCUCAAAUUCUAUGGUUUCUCUUUUAUACGUCUUUCUGAAUCAGUAUGGGCAGAAGAUGUAUACUGGCAGGAUGAAGGACGACAAUAAUGACUUGUCUUGUGUCACCGAAAUUAAAACCGAUGUGCCUGCUAUAACAACACUUAGCACAGGUACGCUCGCUGCAGAUUUACAAGACACCUGGCUUUGACUCAGUGCUGUGAAUUAUAGAACUGAAUCUUUCCAUCGUAUUGUGUGCUCCUGUUGAGCAUAUUUCAGCUUACUUAAACUUUCUUCUGUGUGUGUGUGUGUGUGUGUGUGUGUGUGUGUGUGUUCUCUGCAUCUCUGUCUUUAGGCUCCAUGUAAAUAAGCAGGGUUGUACCUGAGAUGACACUGUAAAUCUGUCUGCAGAACAUGCUAGUAAUUUCCUCCCUCAUGUACUUUGUCUUUAUGAGUCUGUUUACUGUACAACUAUAAAAUUUAUUACUUGAUUAAGUAAAUAUUUCAAAACUGUUAAUAAAUCUAGCUUAAUGAAAAUUUGCUUCCACGCUAUUGCUCAAAAGAAUAUUUGUGUUCAGUUUAAUGACUUGGAUAUGUCAGAUUAGUCUGUUCCUGUUUUUUUUUUUUUUCUUUUCUUUUAAGAGGAAGCUUGAUUUUGUCUAGUAAAAUAUAAUAAUUUAAAUUUUCUGGCUUUUAGAAUUAGGGCAUUUAUUACUCCUUGCGAGUAUUAUGACUGUGAUGGCUCAAGCCUCACAAUGGUAAUGUUUGUCACAGUUGUACACAACACAUUUAUUUGCAGAUAAAUAUUAAGCAUUAUUUGUGUUUAUGUUUACCUUAACAUGGAAGGUUAUGUACUUUGUUUUAACAUGUUUCUCUUGUUUUGAGUUACCAUGGUGGGGCAAGCUUCAUUUCUUGGUUGAGGGGGUUCAAGUUUAGUUAGUUUUGAGCCUUUGUCUAGUUAUUGUUAUCCAUUUUGUUUUCCAUGUGUGUUAUUUGGUUUGGCCAAACCACUAUAUGAGUUACUCUCAUUGUGUCGUUGUGAGGUCACAUUUUCCUCAGUUAAAUUUGAUUUGUUUAAGUAACACUUUUGAGUAUUGUUAAAUUUAGUUGACCUAUUUUAUUGGCCGGCUAGUUUAUUCAUUCUUUUGGAUUUUUGUAUUAACUUUGUGUUAAUAAAACCCAGUUUGAAAUUAU